ACCAAAGCUCGCGCGUCGCUGCAUCCCCGCGUACAGCGCCUACGUCCCGCUGCUGUUGCCACCAUGCCCAAGAGAAAGGCUGAAGGGGAAGCUAAAGGAGAUAAAGCCAAGGCCAAGGAUGAGCCACAGAGAAGAUCCGCAAGGUUGUCUGCUAAACCUGCUCCUCCAAAGCCAGAGCCCAAGCCCAAAAAGGCCCCUGCAAAGAAGGGAGAUAAGGUACCCAAAGGGAAAAAGGGGAAAGCUGACGCUGGCAAGGAGGGGAAUGACCCUGCAGAAAACGGAGAUGCCAACACAGACCAGGCCCAGAAAGCUGAAGGUGCUGGAGAUGCCAAGUGAAGGGUGUGCAUUUUUGAUAACUGUGUACUUCUGGGGACUGUACAGUUUGAAAUACUAUUUUUUUAUCAAGUUUUAUAACAAUGCAGAAUUUUGUUUUACUUUUUUUUUUUAAGCUAUGUUGUUAGCACACAGAACACUUCAUUGUUUUUUGGAGAAGGGGCAUAUGUCACUAAUAGAAUGUCUCCAAAGCUAGAUUGAUAGGAGGGAAAAAUGUCUUUUCCCUCUAGUUUUGAGAGACUUCCUCUUGGCUCCCAAGAGGAGGGAUUCCCUGAUGUUGACCCACAGCCACCUUGGCACAAAUGCCUUCUGCUAUGGAAAAACUAAUUUGUUUUUAUGUCCCGUUCUCCCUCUGCCUUCAGCAUAGUUUUA